UACUUACGUAUGAUGUCCAAUUUUUAUACGAAGUGAUUUGUAAACAUGGAGGCCAAGUUAUGCUAUACUGUGAAGUAAUUCUUGUUUUCGGAUUGUUUUGUUUAAUUUCUUGAUGGAGUUUAUUUUUGUGCUAUUUUACUUUUUAGAUAACUGUACCAUUACGGAGUUUUGAUUGAAAUGAGGGGAUUCAUGCUAUCGUAUUUGGAAACAUCUUGACCAACCUUGAAAAAUGAGCACAGACUUACCAAAAAACCAGAAUUCAAGCGGUGAAACUGAUUCUAAUAGUGAUUCAGAGAAUAGUGUCUCUACUGAAUCAUCAGGCAGUGACUGGAAGUGUUCGAAUGCUAAACAGAGUUUGGCUCGGAAACCACACUUUUCAGUCACAUCUUGUGAUACUGGCUUAAAACUGAAAAUAGCAGCCAUACCACCUAGAAAAGUUUUACCCAAGAAGGCUGCCAAACCAACUGUAAAAAAGAAAACAAACUCAAGUACUAGUACUCCUGUUAAAGAGCGAACCACAGCAGUCAAAAAGAAAUCUCAACUAUCAGAAACUAGUUCUAGUUCAGAUUCAUGCAGUAAAUGUUCAUCAGAUUCAUCAAGUGAUGAUGAUAUACCCUUGAAGGCAGUCUCUAAAACUUUACCUUCUAAAUGUUCUCCAUCAAAGUCACAAUUGAAGUCUAGGAGUGAUAGUGACAAUGAUAAAGCUAGUGAUGACAGUAAAGAUGCAUUGAAAUGUAAAGAAAAAAGUGCCAAAAGUAAUAAUGUAGUUAAAAAGACUAAAAGUGAAGAUUCAAAUGAUGCUGUUGUAAAGAGGGGGAGAGGGAGACCAAGAACCAAGUUUACAUCUCCGGUUGUGGAAAGCACUGCGUGUGUUAGCAGUUCUUCAUCCUCAAGUUCCUCUUCAUCAUCAUCAUCUUCCUCUUCGUCUUCUUCUUCAUCAGAUUCGGACUCCGCUGAAGUCGGGGCCGGGGCCGUCAAUGGUCCGCCUAAUGAUACCAGUACAGAGCUCGCCGCAGAUUGCCAAUUGCAGGUCAUCGACGAUGCAGAUCUUGCGGAGCUUUUUCCAGAACAAACAUCGAGCGCGCCGGCGCAACAGCCUAAUUUCGCGACGUUUCCCGUUUCGAGUUCGCCGCGAGACAACGAUAACAAGUCCAUGGCGGACAACGGUGACGGAUCGGGAAGUGAAAUGGAAAUUACCCCUCAGCUAGUAACGGCCGCAAUUCAAAGAGCAACGGCCGACUCAUCGGGUUCGGAAAACGAGUGUUCAAAUUCGGAAACGGGAAAUCAAAAUACGACCCACUACGCUUCUAGUCUGCUGCAACAGUUCGUUGCACAGACGCAGCUUUUGAGUAGUACAGUUCCCUUAGCGACUAUUAAUUCAUCUGGUUCUUCGUCUUUAUCGCAGCUGCCCCUUAGCAAUACUCCUAUUGACGGGGUCGGUGCUAUUAGCGAUUGCGUACUCGGGCAAAUAAAUAAUCUACCUGAAAUACCGCCGAUCGCUCCGAAUUUCUUGAGCACAUCGCAACAUUUGAGUCCACAACAAAACGAAGAACUCAACCAAAUAAAUAAGGAUCUUGAAGAGAUGUCUUCGGUCACUGACUCGGUUACGAUGUCAAUUCCUAAUCCGCCGAGCAUUGAAGAUUGUGUAGAGGAUAAUAAUGACUUCAUGAAUCUUGAUAUCGUGCACGGGAAUUCGGAGAUCGGGAGUGCCAGUGAUUUACUCAAAAACUCCCCUCUGACUAUCGGAAAUGCAGAUAUGAAUUCGAUUAAUCAAAUAGAUUCUCACAGAUUAGAUACAAUAAGCACAAAUUCUAUUGAAUCUCAGGAAGAUAUUAAAAAUGUUAUGGUUGAAUCGAGACGAAAACGAGGCAGGCCUAGAAAAGUAAAAAAGCCGGAGGAUUAUAGAAGUAAAGGCACAGAAUCUCAGAGUGAAGACAAGUCUGUUGUGAACGUCAUGAACUAUCAUAAUAACAACGAGCCCCCCAAUGUGUCGCCAGAUUCGGGGAUAUUAUCUAAUCACAAUUCGCCGACUCAUUCUCCCUUAAGGCGGCACGAUGUAGACGAGACACAUAAUAGAUUAAGCCGAAGGUCAACUCAGAAAGAAAACAGCUCGAGAGAAACCAGAACAAUGCGAUCGAAGUCAAGGAACAGAAGCCGACAACACAGAUCUGAUUCUAGCGACAGUGAAUAUCAAAAAAAGAGAAUAGAAAACGAAAUCAAACAGAUCAAAACCGAAGCACCAUCACCGGUGCCGCUGAAACAAGAGCAGAAUAAAUAUGAGAAGAGCAGGAGGAAUGAGCAUAAGCUAGAUAUUGCAGCUUUAGAUAGAAUGUUGUAUGCUACCGACAGAGUAUUAUACCCGCCUAGAAAGAAAGUUGGACGUAAAACACAGAGUAAAACUAAGUCUGCAACUGUGAAAAAUGCACCUAAAACGCUCAAAGAUAAGAACCAAUAUGAUUCCGCCGAAACCGACGAAGACACUAUCCCAUCGAACAGAUCUGUGCUAUCCAGUGUGUACGCGAAACGCAAAGAAUUAAAUAGUAAAUUGGGUAAUUUACCAAAGAAGACCAACAAGCCCUUCAACAACUCGUGGAGGAGUAAUCAAAGUGAAAACGAAGCGGCCGCCGAUGAUAUGCUCGACCCGACCUGGAGGCAAAUAGAUUUGAAUCCAAAAUAUAAAGAUAUUCUGUCCGGAUACAAAAGCGAUCACGAAUUCAAACCGUACAAAAGCUGUAGCCGCCUCAUAGAGUCGGGUUACAAAAGUGAUUUUGGCUGCAGAUCCGGCUAUAAAAGUGAUUAUUAUCGUUCGGGAUACAAAAGCGAUCACAAGUCCGGCUAUAAAAGUGACAAAUCGGGUUACAAAACUGACUACAGUGUUCGGAGCAUACGUCGGCGCACGAGGAAACUGAAGAAAACGCGUUCGGUCAGAGAUAGGUCCUAUUACAAGAAUCAAAAACACUUCGUAUCGGACCAAGAGAUUCAGGUACUGACGAACAAAACGUUCAACAGUUUGACUUUGGGGCACAGCUCCAGCGACUCCGAAUGUGAAAAUUAUUUACGAAAGCCAAGCGCUAGUCCCAAGUAUGUCAGUGUUUGCACGAAGUACCCGAUGGACUUCAAUGACUUCAGUUACGCAAAAGCAAAUCAAAAACCUUUGUUGCGAUUAAAUCCUACAGACCCUUUCGCUCCGGGUCCCGUUUUUAGCGGCCUACAGCGUCCAGUGACUGUUUAUAAUAUAUUUAAAGCAAACCAUAACAAUAACAAUACGUUGCCAAAAUCGCCCAGCAAAUCCAGCUACAUAGGAAGACCAUUACCCUCAUUAAAACCAACGUUUACGCAUAAAUUUGGAGCGUCACCAAUAGCUCACACGAAAUUGGUAGGUGCGAAAAAGGAAAGCGACACAAAAUGUUUUCCCCGCACUCUAUCGCCCAAAAGCCGAAAACAAGUAAAGAACGGAAAUGUUUCGCUCACAAGUCCUUCAAAAAAAGAAAUCAGUCUUAAGCCGGUGCCUAAUAUUUUCGAGAAAGCAAAAAAUAGUUACGUUCCAAAUAAAUCGUUGUCUAGAAAUGUUUUUCUAAAUUUUCGAAAGCCUCAAAUCAAACCGUGUUUCCAUACGAAGAAGCAUAGAAGAACUGUUGUCUUGGCUCCACCUAAAAUCAACCUAAAGCCCGCAGAAAGGCCAUCUCGUAUUACCAUAAAAACGGAGAACAAACAUCACAGACAUAGGAGCAAAAGGAGACAUCGCUCUAGAUCAGUAUCUAAAUGUCGAGAUUCAUAUUCUAAAGGUACAGAUUCAAUUGAUCAAAAAUUUAGUCACGACAUAGAUACUCUGACCACAAACUUCAUAAAAUUAUGUCAAGUUGCGCCCCAAUUGAUUGCUAACGUUUCACAAAAUUCGCCUAAAAUUGUUGAAAAGCAAACUACAGAGCAACAACCGCCUAGUAAAGUUGUCAAACGUGGUUCGAAAAAACGUAAAACAGUAGACAACCAAGAAGCGACCACGCCGACUUCAAAAAGACGACACAAAAAACAACUCGCAGAUUCACAAAACAAGGGAAGCAAAGAUGCAAACGAACAUAAGCUUCCACUUAAAAAGCGACACUAUCAUAUUAAUUCUUCCACAAAUAAUCCGUUGAGCUUAAGUUUAGUGACAACGGAAUUUGACGAGAAUUCCAAAAAUGUAACCAGUCCUGAAAAGUUUCUAUGUACAGAAAUGAAUUGUAUGGGUGAAGAAUCAACCAAUGUUUCUGAUGAAACAUCCAAGACGAAACACCAGCAUGAUAAAAAUAAAAAUGCAAAACAUUCUUCUCAAAUAUCAACACUGCAGGAAUCGAAGAAUCAAACCGCAGACAAUGCUUCUAAAGCAGCCAAAGAUUUCUCAGCAGACAACACUAUGGAUGAUACUCUCUCUACUCCUAAAAGUCAAAAUAUAGAUACUCUGAAUUCAGUAGACGAUGAACCGUCAUUAACGAAAACAAAUACUGAACAAUCUGAACUAUCAAAAAAGAUUGUUGAAACUUCAGAAAAACUUAAAGCUGUGCAUAAAAUGGUUAACGAUUUGGAGAAAACACUACCAAAAACCAGAGAGGUUGAGAGCAAAGUGGAGUCAAAAAUGGAACAAAAGAUGUCAUCACCUAGAUCGGAAACAAAGUCAUCACCUAUGAGACACAGCGCGCCUAUAGUAACUCCUAAAAAAAGACAUAGACUCGAAGCAGACAAGGCAGCUUCACAAUCUUGUUUAGAUCAAGUAGUUCAGUCGUUGUCCAAGAAAUUGGGUGAUGAUAAACUUUCAAGUGUGAAAGAAAAUAAGGAAACAAAUGAAAAUUCAAAAGACGAAGUUAAAGAUCCAGAAAAACAAGAAAAUGUCCAAAUGGAGACCGAUAAGCAGGUGUCGAAUAAUGUAGAUCCAUUAAAAAGCAUGUCAGCACGUACCCUUUACAAAAGCUCAAUACCACCAGCGCAAAAAUCUGAAAUAAUGACAAGGAAAAAGAACAGACUCGAAGGAUUGACAAGCAAUCUAGUUUCAAAAAUAAAUCCCAGUGCAGCAACAAAAGUAUUAGACACACUAUUAAACAACAACAUUCGUAAAUCAAUAGAAUCUCGAAUAUUAGAAAAAGAGAAAAACUGCGGCGACAGCGUAAAUAAAGGAAGUGAAGAAAAAUUGAAAUCUAAAGAUGUAACCCAGUGCAGCACCAGAGCAACGGUCAUUAAGUCACCGGUUUCCAAAGGCAAGAUAUUGGAAACGAAAAAAUCGAAGACUACAGAAAUUAUAGAACAUUGCGUUGUAGUCAAUGAAGAUAAACCGACUGGCAUAUUUGAACCGUCUAUAGAUAUAGAGGAUCAGAUACCUAAAUCCUCAAUUUGCGUGACCAGUAUCUUAGAAGACGCCAAUAAAAAUAAACUAAAUGUAAAAAACGACGAAGCCAAAAUAACGAGUACGGUGUCAAUACCCAUCGAUGCCGAAGCUGAUAUACGAUUGGCUUUGAUUUCAGAAAACCCAGAUCCAAUCAUAAGACCUAAACGAGGCGAGUCGAUAGCGGCAGUCCUCUCAGAUAAGAUUCAGGAAACCGCUGGUGGACACAAUCUAAGGCACUCUAAACGAAACCUGAGUGUAGAUAAUGAAGAUAAUGAAAAUAAGAAGAAAAAGAAAACUAAUAAUAUUUUGAGGGAAAGCAAAUUAGUCUUACCGACAAAGUUACUGGUUCCCAAAAUCCAAGCUGAACGAUUACCGAUUCUAGAAACGGCUAAGAAUGUUGCGGAAAUUUCAAAAGUUGCUGAAGUUAACGAAAGCAGUGAUAACAAAACCGCAGUAGAAGCAUCUAAAAAGAAAACGAGACGGCGAAAAGCAAUUAACAGGACUGGUUUCCCAAAUAUUAAGAAGAAAAAGAAGAAAAUUGAUCCGUCGACAAAUGUAAGCGUCGUUUCCGAUAGUCAAUUCACAUCUGACACGGAUAAUAAUUCUGCUUUUGAAAGAGUACCUAAAGACGGUGAAGCGAUGAGUAGUUUCUUGGAAAGGACCUCAUCUAAAAAACCAGAGCUAAAGGUUGUUUUGAAUAAAGAAGAUUGUCCCAAACAAGGCCGCCUCACCGUUGUCGCGCUUGAGAAAUUACAGGGUAAGGAACUGACGAGAGAUAAUAAUAAUAAGACCAACAAACCUGAGCCUGUGCCUCACGAGAAGAAAAACGCAAACUCCUCUAUUUUGAGGGCGCCAGCUCUUCAAUUGAAGCAAAACAAAAAUGAAAAAGAAAUAAAAAAUCACAUCAACAAGUGGGAGGUUUUGAGCGAAACUGACAGUAUUAGGUCUCUGGCCAGUUCUCUAAGCAACGAUCCUGAGGACAGCAUACCCUUGAGUCUAUUAAACUUAAAAUCUGGUCGAUCUACAUGCCGGUUGGAUAACUUAGAAAGACUAAAACGCAAGACCAGAGCCAUGUCGCCAUCACACGAGAUUGAGGAGAUAUUCUCUAAAAGAAAAGUUGUAGAGAAAACAUCUAAAAUUGCUCUGAGGCCGAAGUCGAGUUUGGCAGUUUUGUGUCCAAGUGAAAGGAGGCUCACGAGAAGCACAGAUAACUCAAACGAAGAUGUCAAAUGUAAGACGAGGCGAGUAGAAAAUAAUAAAAUGGUCGUUGAAAUAGCGAAGGCGGUGACGCCCGUCGGGAUCUGCACUAGAAGGAAAUCGAGGUCCUGUCAAAUGAGCAAAAGGGUCGACGCGCAGUCCAGUUCAAGAGAGAGUUCCCUCGACACUAUAGGCAGCCGCAGGUACAAGUCGCGGGAACCGUCCAUGGACACGCUCCGAGACCACGACGAGAACGAUCCGCUACCGCUAAAUGAAAAGGAGAUCGAUUUUGAAAAGAGCAUUGAUGUUCUCUCGAAAAGUAUUAUUUGCAAAAAACGCGUGGCCUCAUCUCGCGAUGACAGUCCGGCUAGUAGCGUUGAAAACAGGGAUAAGCCAAUAGUGUCAAAGAGAAACCCGCGGCUCAGAAAGAAGUUCCUAGCAGCGGGACUGUUCUCCGAUUAUUAUAAGGAAGAUUCAAAACCCGAAGGCAAAGCCAAGAAUUCGGUGACGCACACAGAUUACCCGCCAGGGUUGCUGGCUCCGCCGCCGUACUGCGAGCGCUGGGUGCGGCGCAGGCAGCAACACUUCAUGCUGCCCUACGACAUCUGGUGGCAGCAACAUUACAACCAGCCGGUGCCCUCAUGGAACUACAAAAAGAUUCGGACAAACGUGUACUACGACGUGAAGCCGUCGGCCGAGGAGUGCGAGAGCGUGGCGUGCAACUGCGCCCCGCAGUCCGGCUGCAACGAGGACUGUAUCAACAGACUUGUUUAUUCCGAAUGUUCUCCUCAGCUGUGCCCUUGUGUAGAUAAAUGUAAGAAUCAAAGGAUACAACGUCACGAGUGGGCGUCCGGCUUGGAGAAAUUCAUGACCGAGAACAAAGGUUGGGGCGUGCGCACCAAGCAUAAGAUCACGUCGGGCGACUUCAUACUAGAAUACGUCGGCGAGGUCGUCUCCGAUAAAGAGUUUAAGGAGCGCAUGGCGACGCGGUACGCGCGCGACACGCACCACUACUGCCUGCACCUGGACGGCGGGCUCGUCAUCGACGGCCACCGCAUGGGCGGCGACGGCAGGUUCGUCAACCACUCCUGCCGACCCAACUGUGAAAUGCAGAAGUGGACUUCUAAUGGCACGUUUCGUAUGGCCCUGUUUGCUCUGCGGGACAUCGAGUCGGGCGAGGAAUUGACUUAUGAUUACAACUUCUCGCUGUUCAAUCCGGCAGUCGGUCAGCCUUGUAAAUGUGAUUCGGAAGAUUGUCGCGGUGUGAUUGGUGGAAAAUCGCAGCGCAUCACCAAACAGCCACUGAAGACCCAAUCACGGACGCCGUCAAACGCGUCCAACCAAUCGCUAGGCUCCAACGGAAACCAACCACGGGUAGGUCGACCGAGGAAAGCGGUCAAAUGCAACAAGAAGUCUGAACAGCAGGCUGUUAGUACAUGCGACAUCAAGAACAUGACCAUACUGAAGUACCAACAGCACUUGAACAAACUGUGGCAGGAACCACAAAUGAAACCUCUCACGGCGAAAGAGAGGAAUCUGGUCAAGGAGCGACACUGUUUCCUAUUUAGAAACUUGGAAACUGUAAAACGCAUGCGCGAUCGUAUGUCUCUCUCAUUGCCGGCGUCGCCCCCCUCCCCGCCCCCACCCCCGGCGACACCUUCGAACACGCAGGACGUAGUCAUGGUGGAUCCGCUGCUCCUCCCAGACACUAUGAACCCGGAGGUCUUCAUAUCUCGGUUACAAAUGCUGCGAGCUUCCAAAGACGAUACUGUGAAGCGACUCAUCCGGAUAGAAGAUGACCCGGCACUGUCGCGCCGCGAGCGACUAACGAGUGUCUUUAAAGCCCUUUACAGAGCCAUAGUUAGUGCUAAAGACGAGAAGGACAAGCUGCUGUGCGCACCUCUACUUAAAUCGAAGUCGGAUCGCAAAGCUCAGGAUUCUCACAACGGUCCCGAUCUGGCCACCGUAGAGCAGAACAUCGAGAGCGGACGAUACGAAACGGUGGUUCAAUUUGAGGCCGAUGUGAACGCAGCUUUAUCGGCGGUGAUGCGGGAACACGGACGAAAUUCUAACCUGGGCAAUAUUGCUCUGCAACUGAAAAAAGUAUACAAUACUGCCAAAACGGAUAUCUCGGAGCAUUUGUCUAAAAUUCUCGGUCCUGACGAACCUCUGCCGCCUGGAUUCUUACAGAAAACGAAGACAGAGGAGGUGAUAAUGUGCAUCUGCGGUCUGCACGUGGAGGAGGGGCUCAUGGUGCAGUGCGGCGCGGCGCGCUGCGGCGUGUGGCAGCACGCGCGCUGCAUGCGGGUCACCGACACCGCGCAGCAACACUACUGCCAUCUCUGCAAACCGAACAAGGUUGAUCGUGAAAUACCUCUCGACGAAUACACAGAAGAUGGACAUCAAUUCUACUUGACUCUGAUGAGGGGCGACCUCCAGGUCAGGCAAGGUGACACUGUCUACGUACUGCGAGAUAUUCCGAUCGAUGAUAAACAUCCUGACGUCAGCCAGAAGAACGGGCUAGAUAAGAAUGAGUCUCCUAAAACUAAGAGAGUUGACAGAAAAAAACUCAAACACCCUGUUAAAGGAAAGGAGAAACUUGAUGAAUCAGCUCAGGAUAAGGAGUCCGAAGUUCGCAAACACACGUACCAGACGAUAGGAGCCGUGCCGGUCUCGGAGCUGGACAUCUUCAGAGUGGAGAGGCUGUGGAAGCACAAGCACACGCGGGAGCGGUACGUCUACGGACACCACUACCUGCGCCCGCACGAGACCUUCCACGAACCUACCAGGAAGUUCUUCCACAACGAAGUAAUGCGCGUUCCUUUGUACGAGGCGGUGCCGAUAGAGCUCGUCAUGUCGCAGUGCUGGGUUAUGGAUCUCAACACUUUUUGUAAGGGUCGUCCGGUGGGCGCGUCGGAGUCGCACGUGUACAUCUGCGAGCUGCGCGUGGACCGGUCGGCGCGGCUGUUCGCCAAGUCGCGGCCCAAGUACCCGCUCUGCACGAGACCCUACGCCUUCGCGCACUUCCCGCAGCGCCUCAAGAUCUCUAGGACUUACGCUCCCCACGAAGUAUCACCGGAGUAUCUCAAAGGAAGGGGCUCAAAGUCUGCGAUUGUGUCUACAGAAAAAUCAAAUAAAAAUAUUCCUAGUAAGGAAGUUAAGAAGAAAUUACCAGCUAUUACCUAUACUGAAAACACUAAGCAGGCGGCCCCGAGCGGCGGCGCCAGGGCGGCGGCGGGCGCGGGUCGCGUGGCGGCGCAGAAGGAGCGCGUCAACGGCAUCGCGCGGCGGCUACUGCGUCGCGGCGCCCCCCGCCCCGCGCUCGACGCGUCCUACCUGCUGGCGCCGCGCCGCGCCACGCGCCACGCCUCCUGACUACCCUGUCGUCGGUGUCCGCUCUGUCGCUAGCCAUCCACAUCACGACACCAGCCGCACGUGGACAGCAGACGGCGUCUGCAUUACGCUUGUUCGAAACCACACUGGGUUUUAGUUUUUUUACAAUGGCAACACUGGUCGCGAUUGUGGGACUUUUUGGUGGGAACGCGAGGAUUUAAGUUGUGUGAUUUGUUUUAUUUUGUCUAUUUAGUUUUUAAUCAGGUUUAAAUGUGUAAUAACGGUGGUUUAUUAACUGUUUAAUAUCUGUGAAAGUGCACAAAUGUGGGAAAAUGAAACAAAGCCACUGGACGUAACUUUUCGGGAUUCCUCCAAAAAGUCCACUGAAAAAUUCUCAGUAAAUGACCAACAUUUUACUGAGAUUAUAUUUCAUCCCAGUUGAUUAAUGUCGCAAAUUAAUCAUCUUAAAUUCAUUUCACAUGAAAAAUGAUAAUAAGGAAUUAUCAUCAUGAUAAUAAGGAAUUAUCAUCAUGAUAAUAUGGAAUUAUCAUUUUUCAUAAAAUUAAGGAUAUAAAUUAAAAUAAGACAUGAACUAAAGGUAUUAGUUACCAGGUCAUAAAAUUCCUUAAAAAAAAUUACGGUGCCGUGCUGCAGUGGUAAAAAACUCCAAAAUCCCACAGAUUGGUUUCGAAUAACGCUAAUGUUUGUUUACUUUAUCGAUAAACAGAAGAAAUAACUUCACAUUUUUGUGAAAAGUGAUAGAAUUGUAAUAGCUGCGUGAUUGGAAUUCGAUUACUUUAUGUGCUUUUAUGGCAAAAAAAUUAAUUGUAUCCACUAUGCUAAUAAUAUACUGAAUAUAGUUAUAUACUUGCAUAUCUUUGCUUCGAUUAUGUUUUCAAUAUUACUUCUAAUUUGUGAUUCAAUUAAAAAUACAUCCCUAUAGUAUCAGCAAAGAGGACAUAUAUUAAAAUGUGUUCGAACUGUGUAUGUGUAUAACUAAUCUAUGAACUGCAAAUCAUAGUUGUCCAUUGUAAAAAAAACUUACGAUUUUCUUCGUGUUAUCGCGCGCUCUUUUCUAUUGGAUAUUUAUCGUGACAAAAAUGAAUUUACGCCAAGCAAUAAAUUAUAGUAAACUCACAACUUAACUAAGGAUUAUAUCUUGGACGAUGAGGUCAUGUACUGUAUUUAGAACGAAAAGUAUUUGUUAAAUAUAAGCAUGUAAAUAGUAGUAACAAAAAUGUAAAACAUUGCGUAGGUCAGAUAUGUAAAAAUAGUAAUUAUAAUUACGUAAAUUUAUCACGAAAUUUCUCUGGUGUCUUAUACAUGCAUUAUAUUGCCUUCUCUAAUAAUCCGCGUAGAAUUUAGAAUAUUUUUUUUGUUUAAUUCACUAGGGUUUCGAACUUUUUUUCAAAGCACUUUAAAACUAUAAAAGCCUUAUUAUAAUAUUAUUCUAUAAUAUUUUCAGUACUUAAAUCACUUUAUUCAUAUAAAAUUUUAAAUUUAUAUUUGUAUAGGGAAUAAAGGUAUUUUUCAGGUAGUUUUGAAGAAGAAUGUAAAUAAUUAAAGUAUUUUAUACAUCUUAAAGUGAAUACAUUCCGUCUAUCGCGUUAGAAGUGUGUAUAAAGAUUCCACGUGUCAUGUAAUAUGCCUUAAAAAUAUAAAUUUAAAUGAAAUAAAUAAUGUGAGAGAGUGCGCAAAUUCUGAGCUUCUGACAAAGGUACUGUGAAAGAAUCUCUCCUCUGUGUAAGCGAAAGUGUUUGAAUGUCAAUCGCGUUAACAUUGCGUAAUAUUGAUAUCGUAAGGUUUAAGAUUGUUUAGACUUAAAGUACCACAAUAUUCUGUUUAAUGAACCGACUUCAAGUAAAUAAUAAUUAAGAGGUUCUCUAUUUGAAAUGUUUUUUUUUUCGUGUGUGCGUAACAUGUGGCCUGUUCUCGUAGGAUUAUCUUUGAUUGCCUUUUACAAAUCUAUUUAACAUUGUUUAUGGAAUGAGCAUUGUUUGCGUUUAAACUCCUUUGCUACUCUGCCGGUGCAUGUUAGUAAAAAUGUGCACAACAAACUUCUUAUGACAAAUUACGUAGGUACGGUACGUGAUCAUUAGGAGGAACUGUUAAUGUUACGCAGAUUAACUGUAUUUAUAUUGAAGACGUAUUUUUGUAGUUUUGGGAAUGGAAACUUAAAUUCUCGUAUUCAAUUAUUGUUAUUGAAUUUUAAUGCUUGUUUUGAGCAGACAUAAUCUCGAUUCGUUUUUUUUUUUAAAUGUAAGAAAUCUAAUAUAUGUCGUUUUAGUUUUAAAGCUGUAUAGUUGCAGCACAAUUACACAGAUCGAAUGUACUGUAACAUUUAAGCUGAAUAAAAUAAAUAGUUAUAUUUUUACAUAAUUACGAUUGUUGUAGUAAAAUAAUGUUAGUAUAAUGAAAUUAGUUAACGACCACUGGUGCGAACUGAUGUUGAAUGUUGAAAACUUUUAAUAGAGGUUAGAGAUGGGAAACGUUGUUUGGAGGUUGCUAAUUUAAUGUUUUUUUUUGUACUCUGAUUAAGUUUCGUAAUUAUACUUCGGUUGUAUUAAUACAGAUGAAUUAGUUUACACGCGUUUUUUUUUUUUUUAAUUAAUUCGUCUGGUCAUUUUAUAGCGCCUGCUGUGUGGUAGAUCGCGGAAAGCUUUUUUUCGAUGCUUUUUGUUCGUGCAGUAUAAUCUCUCUAUUAAAUUUUAAAUUUACUUUUGUAUAUACAUUUUUAGUGAGUAAGGUGAUUGGUUGUUUAAUUUAUUUACCUUUUUUUUAUAUUGCCUUAUAACGCGUUCUUUAGUGAACAGAAUCAUUUUGCAGCUUUUUUUUUUGAAUUGUGUGCGUUUUUUUUUUGCCUUCACAGAUAUUUUUAGCUAGCCUUUAUUAUUGUGAUGAUCUAGAACAAAGUUGUUUUUUUUUUGUUUCUAAUUUAUUUGUAUAUUACUGUUAGUUUUACUGUCAUUACUUGAAAACAUUUUUAAUAAACUUUUCAGUACAUACAUAAUUAAUUUUAGUACUUUAUUUCUGUGCUCUUGUGUUUGUUUUGUCAUAAUACUGCUGUGUUGGUCCCAAAACUAGUGCUAAGUAUUUUUCGAUUUGCCCUCGGAUGUAUCAUUAAUUUUAAAAGACUUUAAAAAUAAAGGGAAAAAAAACAUGUUUAGUACAGAGCACCUAAUAAUGUAGUCGCUAUAAAAUAGUUUUACUAAAUGUAAUGAGAGUUCAGUAUUAAUAUCGGAUCUAUAUGUCAUUACAUGUUUACAUUCAUACAAAUAGAAACACAUUGCCUUGUAGAUAACGAAUACAUUUACUAAAUACAAUAUACAUUAAUCAUGUUAAAAAAAUACAAUGAAUUUAUGUGGUGGCGUUAUGUUAGUUAAACCCUUUUUCUAAAUCGUUGUACUUAAGAAAAAAAUAGUACAGAUUAGUUUUCUUUAAGUACAUACAUAUUUUAUAUUUUAAUAUUUACGGUUUAGUUGGCAACGCGACUCAGAUAUGCUUUUGCACGAGCACACAAAUACGUAAUAAGUACAAUACGAUUUUUCUUUUUUCUUUUCUGAGCAUCGAUUAACCAUUUUGGGAUCAAAACGUUGAUGUGUUACUUUGAACAUUCAGGAUCGCAAAAAUUUUUUCGUUAUUUCUGCAGCGAUGCAAACCAUGAGUACGCAGUGAUGAUUUCUAAACUUCAAGCAAUUAUGUAUUUUAACAAUGUUGUAAUAGAGACCGAAAUUUUGCAUCAACAAUGAAUUGUUUGUUGUAGUUUUAAUAGAUAAUGUAAACGUUUACGGAGAGUCUCAUGGUUUUUAUCUCUGUAAGGAUCUGUUUGGUUUGUACAAAGAUGAGAUACUUAUUUGAUAUAAUAUGAGCAGCUUUACUAUUUAUAUCUAUGUUUUUUUUUAAAUUAAGAUGCCAUCUGUUGUAAACUCAUGUUUUAUGUAAUAAUAAAUAAAGAAAAAGCA